AUGCUACCAUUCGUUAUUAAGUCAUCGACGCUCGCGCCUCCCGACUGGGAGAAGCGCGGCGCGCCCAACGCCACCUUCGUGUUCGACCGGACUGUUUUCUACGUGCACUCUUCCUCCUACGGUCCACUCCAGGUGUCGUAUUAUUCCAAGAGGGUGCACCCGACCAACACAUCGUUUGCUGAAGCUCUCAGGACCAUCGACCUGCGCCCGAGCCGAUCUGGCUUCAACGGCGGGCUCCUAUCCGGCAGUGCGUACACAACCGAGACCAUUCACCCAGCAUCCGCUACCCGAUCGUCCUCGCAUACAAGCUAUCUCACCUGCGCAAUACAGAACAUUCAACUCAAGGUUUACAACAUGGCUCUUGCGUCCAAAAUUCUGUUCAGGGGCGACAAAGAAACCGGUGUCACUGUGUCCACCGAGGGAACGUCCCUCUACACCCUAACGGCGACCAAGGAAGUCGUCCUGUUCGCCGGCAUGUUUCACUCGCCUCAGCUCCUCAUGCUUUCCGGCGUAGGGCCUCGGCCCCUGCUCGACUCGCUGCGGAUCCCAGUUAUCUCCGACCUACCCGGUGUAGGGCAGCACCUCCAAGACCCUAUCUUCAUCUCGGUCCAGAGCGGUGUCAAAACGCCAUCGUUGGCAAGCGAGCUGGCCGACCCAAAUCGGCUGGGCCCCAAUCUCACGGCGUACAUCAACAAGAAAGCGGGUCCUUACAGCUCCGCGGGUGGUUACAUAGCGUUUGAGAAGCUGCCAGCCGCGUCCCGCGCGGUUUUCUCGGCCCGCACCAGGGAUGGCUCACCGACCCUGCGAACGCCGAGCAGCUGGAAGGUGGUUCCCGAGGUCACGCCCGGCCGGUCCGUCGAGACAGACGAGCAGAUCCUGGACUAUAUCCAGAACAAGGCUAUGCAGAUGUGGCACGCGAGUGCCACCGACGCCAUGGGUAAUGACCCGGCCAAUGGCACCGUGGUUGACUGGCGCGCCAAAGUCUUCGGCGUCGACGGACUGCGAGUCGUGGACGCCUCUGCUCUGCCAUUCGCCCUGCCAGGGCAUCCUCAGGUAACCAUAUACGCGUUCGCCGAAGAGAUUGCGGCGUUGAUUCUAGAGGAUAUUAAACAAUAG